AUGGAAAACAAUUGUGGAGCUCUGAGAAGAGGUGAUCUCUUGGAGCUACCGCCCGGAUUCCGAUUCCACCCGACCGACGAGGAGCUCAUCACUCACUACCUGUCGAAGAAGGUUUUGGAUCCCGGUUUUGCCCCCAUAGCCAUUGGAGAUGUUGACAUGAACAAGGUUGAGCCUUGGGAUUUACCAUGGAAAGCAAACCUAGGUGAAAAAGAGUGGUACUUUUUCUGUGUUAGGGACAAGAAGUACCCAACAGGGCUUAGGACAAACAGGGCAACAGCCUCAGGCUACUGGAAAGCCACUGGCAAAGACAAGGAGAUUUUUAGGGGUAAUAAAAUCUUGGUGGGCAUGAAAAAAACUCUGGUUUUUUACAGAGGAAGGGCCCCAAAAGGUGAAAAAUCCAACUGGGUCUGCCAUGAAUACAGAUUGGAAGGCAAAUUCUCUCUUGAAAAUCUCCCAAAAGCAACAAAGAAUGAUUGGGUUAUCAGCCGGGUUUUUCAGAAAACGGCCGGGGGCAAAAAGGUCCACAUAUCGGGGCUGGUGAGAGUGAGCCCGACCGGAGACGAGCUGCCGCCGUUGAUGGACGUGAAGCCGGAAGAAACCGGGUCGGGCCAGGGUCAGGGACAACACGUGCACUGCUUCUCCAAGCCAGUUUUCCCCGCGCCUUGCCAGAAAAUUCAAGACGAUUUUUUGACCGCGAGUUUCAACGGGCCCUCGGUUUUAUACACGCCCUCGUCGAGUGCCUUGGACUCUUUCGCGGUUCCUUGGGUUCCGUUCCCUGCGGUUCAGCCGGGGAAUGGGUUUCAGUUCACGGGCCCGGGCGCGAUCCAGGACCCGGCGAUUCUUAGGAGCUUCCUCGCGAGCUACGGCGGCCCGUAUGCGAAUCCGGGCCCGGGGAAUGAGAGUGUCUCUCAAGAGACUGUCAUGAGCACUGAGAAUUCAUCUGUUGUGUCUAAUUUUGAGAUUGGCAAAAGGACAUUUGAGGAACAACAGCAGGGUUUGGAGAGCAUUUGGAAUUACUGA